AUGGUUGAUUAUGAUCUUCUGGACAUCGAGAUCUGGGGCACAGCCCUUCAACGGUUGCACUCCUUCCUCCGUGGUCGGGGACAGAGGGUGGUGCUAGGGGAAAAAUUUAAAUUUUUACACUGUCUUUUUUCUGUUUUGCCAGUUUAUUGUUCUUCCAAUACAGAGCCUAAUGAAUCGAAAGUCGUAGGAUCAACCAAUUUGCCAGUUAAAGUUUAUGUCAAGAUUGAACAUAUCAGCCCACGUAUUCUAUGUGUUACAAAUCAUCUAAGAAAUUCUGAAAUGAUUGAUCCAAUAUUCCAGUGGCAUGGACCAGGAGGUGACAUGGUUACAGGAAAUAAGACCGCAAGAAUAACACCAACAGGAACGUUGGUAUUCCAGCAGUUUAAAUCUGAGAUGAGUGGGGUUUACACAUGUUCCGUUGUUUUUAAACCAACAACCGAGCAAGCUGAAAAAAGCUAUUUGAUCAAAUAUGUUAUUUAUGCGUAUGUCGCUCCCAACGUUCACUAUGAGUUUACAGCCCGAUAUCACGCAGCUCCCUGCAACAGCGACUUCAAUACGUCCUUUGAGAGGAAAUUGCUUCAGUCACUGAGCAAGCUGGUUAUUGGUCUUUCCUGUGAGAUUACGUUAAUUAAGUCUGAGUGCCAUCAUGUAAAAAUGCAGAGAGCUGGAUUGCAAAAUGUAAUCUUCUUUACUUUUACAGUUACUUAUGUAGAGACGGGGAAGAGCAGAAGUGCAUGUCAGAAGAGCACAUGCGACAUAUCAAGAAGAUUACAAAAGGCAAAAGACGUAAUAGAGAAAUUUUUUAACCGACUUGAUGUAGUUGGGAAACGGACAUCUCCACUGCCUCAGAUCUAUUAUAUUGAAGGCACUCUGCAAAUGGUGUGGAUUAGUCGCUGUUUUCCAGGCUAUGGAAUUAACCACCUGCUGCAUCCAGACUGCCCUCAUUGUUGCGUGGUUUGCAGUCCAGGAUCAUAUAACCCUCACGAAGGAGUUCACUGCCUUCCAUGCAACAAAAGUUUGGUAUAUGGAUCAAAACAUUGUUAG